CAAUCGAAGAACAAAAAAAACACUUGAACCCCGUGAUGUAUAACCAUAUUGUGUCUAUUAUAUGUGUAAAAUUCAGUUAAAGAUACAUGCCACAUCAUAAUUCAAUUCAAAUAAUAUCAGAUCAGAUCACACAAGUACAUCUCCCAGGCGUUCUUCUAGAAAGAAAGAAAGAAAGAAAAAGAAAGAAAGAAAGAAAGAAAGAAAGAAAGAAAGAAAGAAAGAAAGAAAGAAAGAAAGAAAGAAAGAAAGAAAGAAAGAAAGAAAGAAAGGAAGGAAGGAAGUACAAUAACACCACAUAUGUUCCCGAGACUUGAUGAUAUAGAGAGAGAAAGGAACUGCCGAACGGUCCCUUGGACGGGGGAAAA